AACAACAUUUGCAUAAAAUAACAAGAAUAGAAUAAAGUGCAGAUUCAACCGGCUUUGAAGACAAUUCUUGGCAAUCUUGUGAAAACUUGCCACAACCGUGAUGACUGUGGCAAAAAGCCCUGUGGUCGAAGGUGGACAAAUGUUAGAGUAGCAUUUGCUGGUAAGAGAUCCGUCGGUAAAAAAUUUGCGUUGUUUAAUUUUUUUGUUAUUUACCAAAGAAUUCGUUAUUUUUCACGGAUAAGGAUGUUUUUUUUGUUCGAAUAGAUUCGGCUAUUUUUUUUUAUUUUUUUUUUAAAUAAAGAAGGGUCUUAAAGAGACAGAAAAGCCUAAUGCUUGUCCUUUAUCCUCGCCCCCGCUCCCUGACUACAAAGAGUAAUCUGUAUGCGACAAGCCUUUGCGAAGGUCUAGGGCGAGUACUGGACACUAAGUAGAUAUGAAACGCGCCUGUGUUAAAACUACGAAGAUAGGUUACAUGAAGACAUGAGUCUUUCUUUGUUACACGAAGACAGAAUGGACGACACGAAUGUAGAAGAAGAAAGCUCAGAUGCUGCUGCUUAUGGCUUGGUAGCGCUUUGUGAUCAAACUUUUGAAGGAGUAAACGAACAAUGUACGGAAGAAGUUGUUGAAACUUCUGACCAGGUUGUAGCUGCAGAGAUUAACGAGGAUUCUUCAGUAAAAUUAUAUUUUCAACAUGUUGCAAAAUCUGCAGAAUCCAAUGCAAUUGAAGAAGAAGAAGGCAUUGUCAUCAAUGUUGCUGAUAAUAUUAUGACAGAGGAAUUCGAAUCACAAGAAGCCAUUAGUCGGGACCGACAGAUUAAACAGGAAGAUGAAGGAUUGGAAGAAGUAUCUCUCAAUAUGACUGAAGAAAAUAAAGAAUCUGCUGGUUGUAUGUUGGCAACCUUACAUGAAGUUGAUAUCAAUAAUGUUGGUAGUAACGAUGAAGUGGAAAUUACUGAGUCUGAUGUGGUUGUGGAAGGAUUUCAAGAGGAACAAAUUGGUGAUACAGAUGAUGAUGUAACAAAAAUCAUCGUCACUUACGCAGGAAAUUUAUUGGAUGAAAGUUAUGUUCAGAUUUUAAAAAGCAGACAAGCGUUGAUGCGAGAAGCUGUAGAAUGGAAAGUUUAUGCUAAGAUGUUACUUGCAAAAGGUUGCUCGGAAGGUGCAAAUUUUUAUGAACCAGAAGUUUUAACUGUUUUAAAAUCUACUGAUGACAUUGCUCUUAAGGCGGAGAUAUUAUCACGCAUUACCGAAAAAGACAUGCUUCAGCCUGCUGUUCAAUUUUGGGAUUUUGAAAAAGUUUACAAAUGUUUCGGUGAUGGUAGAACUCUGAAUUGUCCCAGCUGCGCAACACCUUUAGGGUUUGUUCCGUUCGGUCAGAGAUAUGCGUUGAGAAUGUUGUACGAUGUUGAUCGACCAGUUUUACUUGUGACUUCAUUUUUACGUUGUUUGAGCAAGGGAAAAAAGCAGCAUGAGAUUCUUGGUUAUGAUCCACGACUGCUUAGAAUGUUUCCAAAUUUGGAUCUGCCAUUUAUGUUAUUUCACAAAGCUGGCAUUACAAAGAGAAUGAUGGAGUUUAUUAUGAGUAAUGUUAUCAAUGGGAUGACUGUUAAUCGUUUGUUUGAUGUUGUGAAAACUAAAUACGAAGUAAAUCAUACUAUAACAUCGCAAUUUUUUGCCAAUGAAAUAGACAGUAUCCGAGCACACGUAACCGGUGAAGGUGGUCAAAUUGAAAUCUCAACAGAAGCCAUGUUCCCACCCUAUGUGAACUGCCAUCCCAGUAAAGCUCUCCUUGGUAGAUGCUUUUUAGCAUCGUUCAAAGAAAAAGAUGAUUACUACAAAUUUUGCAUGCAGCAACUGCUUGCAAAUGAGUGUAUUAUUCUUGAUGACAGUUUAUGUGUGGGAGCUCGAAUUGGUUUACCUGGCGUCUGGGGUAGUUCAAUGAAACUCUUUCCUGAAGAGUUCCAAGGCAUGUUUCUCGUAUUCAAUGAAUCUAAACAUGUUCUAUCGUGGACGUUUUUAAAAGAAAAUAAAUUCUCAGAAGUUCAAGGCGUUCUAAGUGAACUUCGUGAUCGACACGUAAAAGCUGGGAAAUCGAUAAAAGCAUGCUUCACUACAAAAUGUUGUGAUUGGAGAGAUCAGCUGAGAAAAGUUUUUGGUAAAUGGUUUAUAGUAAAGGGGAACUUACGUUUAUUUUCGGAUCGAGUUGUGAAGGAAAUGCCACCCGAUCACACGUAUUAUAAGGAUUGUGUUCACGAGUUAAUGUUAGUAUUUCGAGCUCCAAACGAUGUGGGUGACGUCAGAACAGAGUACACUGCUGAUCCGGUUGUAAUUUCUCAAAAUCUUCAGGAGUUUAUCAAAAGAUGGCGUGACGUAAUAGACGAUCGUAUUCAAGCCGUACUGAGUGAGAAAGCAAUGGAGUUACUGACAGAGUUAGAACAACAUAUUCAACAAGGCUGCCUCAGUGCCAUCCCACCUGAAGUUGGUGACGAAAAUUUCAACGACAUCCACAAUGCAUUGCGAAAAUCUGUUUCGCACUGUCGAAUAACAGUGCCUCUUGUUUCUGCGUUGUUCUCCAUGUGUUUGCACGAUAUCAACCGCAAUAGGGGAGCACCUGUUGAGUUCCAAUAUAAACCGUUAACCGACGACGGCACUGGUUCCCUUGGUAACGUCAAUUUGGAACCAGUGGAACCACCAGAAGGGAUGUCCACAGUGUCGAUUCAAACAGACGAAAACGAUGACUUUCAGUUCCAAUAUCUUCAACCGCUUGUUGUGGAGAAACAAAAAAUUCUUCCUGCUGCUAACAUGAUUCAAGUAAUCUCUCAACACUACAAAGUAACUGGAAAAGAUAUUCCCUUGUUGCUGCUACAAGCGUUGAUGUAUUAUAAAUAUCAAGAAGAUUUUGAUGCUUUUGCACCACAAGCAAUUCAAAACCUUCGAUUACUACCCUACUACUCGUCAGCGUUAAAUCUCAUCUCGCAUCCUGCGUUUCCUAGGGAGCAGAAGGUAUUUGACGCCAAAAUUAUCGAUCAAGGAUUAUCCGAAAUCGAGCGAAGAAUACGACGACUGCAUGUUGACGCGUCGAGCUGUGCACGACUUGCCGGUACUUCUGCCGACUUAUUUCAUAUCCUUGCGAGACAAUUAGUAAAGGAUAAAAUGACGGACAAUCUCUCCGUGGAAGUGUUGGAGUACAUCAAACAACUCAUGUUACUGAAUGUACACAUAUUGGAUUUGAAAGAACGAGACCUAAUCCAGUCUUUAAAAGAACUUGUCAAUUUUCAAGAUGGCAGCUUAGAUGCGGUAAAAAAAGAGCUAGUUGAAGGCGCUUGUAAAACCCUCGGACAAAAACAAGUUAAACAAACUGAAUCUGUUAUAGUUAUUGAUAAAACUGAUAACGUCAGCAUUAUGGAAGUGGAACGUACCGAAGAAGUUACAGACACAGAAGAGGGGGAUAACGCUUUGAUCUUUUCGACUGAUGAAACUCAACAUGAUGAAGAGAAGUCAACGGAAGCCGAAACCGCUACAAAGAUCUGUGAGACGACCAACUUGGAUGACAUAGAGAUGACGGAUGUGGAUAGUAUCCACAGGGAUGAAAACACAGACGAAAAUAAAAUAACUGACACCGAUCAAGCUGUCAAUUCUGACGUCACUGUUGUCGGAAGUAACGUCACUAAAACCUUUGUGGCUGUUGACGACGUUACCACUGCCGUCGACAAAGACGUUAAUGAAACAGACAACGCGAGCGUAGCAGGGAAUGAAGAUUUCGACUUACUAAAAAAACUUGCCGACAAACUUGGAGCUGUUAUUACCGUUAUAACAAAUUUGGAACACUGCUGGGUUAUUCCGAUUUUUCCUGAAACGUUUAACUUGUUUUCACCGCAUUUUUUUGUUGCUUAUCGUUACCAAAGAUUCUUUCCUGCUUGGUUAGGAAACCGCGCGUCAGUGUCGUCUAUACGCAACAUUAAUUUAAAGCGUCAAGGUAAAGAACCGCAAUGUCGGUGUGGCCGUGGAACGCCUGGUAAAGAUGGCCAAGGAAAAUGUGUGUCUCGAGAGAACGGUAAAUAUUUGACAAGAUGUAUCUGCUUUAGACUGGACCGUGCCUGUACCAUAUCAUGCGAUUGUCGUAAUUGUGAGAACCCAUUCGGUUGCCGUCCUGACGGAAUUCGCCCAAAGAAACCGAAAAUCCCGUAUCGGCAACGUUACGCCCAUGAAGCAGCGAAAAUCGCAACUUGUAAGAGCUCGGCAGUAUCUUCGACUAUUGCUACACAAACACCAAACGCGCCAGAGAUUUGCGACGUAGAUAGCGGUAUGGAGAGUUGGGUUUCGCUUGAACAUUGCAUAUUCGAAGCGCUGAUAAACGAAAUUAAGUCUGAUGAUAACGUCAUUACACCGUCAGAAGUAAGAGACACGUUUAAUUCUGUCGUCAUCGAACUUUUAGGUAUUAACGCCUUAGGUACUGUUGCUUACACCAAAUCUCUUGACCAAAUAACAUUAAAACUUCAACAGCGCGAAAGAGACGUGUCGGAAUAUUUGAAAAUUUAUCAAAUGCAGGUGGAUUUAUCGUUAGGAUGAUUUAUUUAUCUUAAUUUAACAUCUGUAUGUGUACUAUCAAGAGUUUUGUGUUCCUUUUCGUUUUCACAAA